CUUUCACUCCCCACUCACACAAAGACCAUACAAUGUUCGCCAACUCUCUCCGACAGGGCCUCCGAACCGCUUCUCGCUCUUCUGCCCGAGCGUUCUCUACCCUCCCUGCCAGGGCUGCCCCCAGGGCCAACAUCGGUGCUGGUCUCGCUGCUGGUGCUGCUGUCGCUGGGUACGCCUUCUACGAGAGCACCAGGUCUCCUGUCCUCCUUGAGGGUCCCAAGACUAUCGCUGGUGAGAAGGGUACCGCCUCUGAGAGGUCUUUCGUCAUGAUUAAGCCCGAUGGUGUCUCUAGGCAGCUUGUCGGCAAGAUCGUCUCUCGAUUUGAGGAGCGUGGCUACAAGCUUGUCGCCAUCAAGUCCCUCACCCCCUCCCCCGCUCUCGCCAAAGAGCACUACGCCGACCUCUCCGCCCGACCCUUCUACGGCUCCCUCGUCAAGUAUAUCACCUCCGGUACUCCCGUCGUCGCCAUGGUCUGGGAGGGUAAGGAUGUCAUCAAGCAAGGUCGUCGAAUUGUAGGUGCUACCAACCCCCAGGACGCCGACCCCGGAUCGGUCCGAGGACAGUACGCUGUUUCUGUCGGUAGGAACCUUAUCCAUGCUUCUGACGCGUUCGACUCUGCUACCAAGGAGAUCGGUCUCUGGUUCGCCCAGGAGGAGCUCUCCGACUACGAGCCCAUUGCUUGGCCUUGGGUCAUGGCUGACAACUAAGGUCGGUCCAGAUGUUGACUCGACAUAUCUAUCAACCAGAUUGUUAUCAGAAUUCAUGCAUUCAAUAGCAUGCUUCUCAAAGGCAAAAAUCGUCGCGUCCAUACGA